AACAACGACUUUGUUGAAUACUAAGAAAAAUGAUUUAUUUACAAAAAAAAUAGUUGAAAUGACAAACAUAGAUAAUGAUAUAUAUAAGCCAAGCUAUGAACUUCAGGGUGGACUAAGGCCAAAACAACAACUUAAGAAAAAACGAAUGUCAGAAAAAAGGAAAAAAUGAGGUUAACAAAACUGGCAGUCCACCCUUACUACUCAAAAGAAACUAAGCUACUCAAAAGGACUACAGAACUGAACUAAAGUGUGGCCAGCUGGCAGAGGAGGAGGAGGAUGAGGAAUGCCUGCUGCCAUCAGACAUCCACCAUCUUGGCUCUUUAUAUACCAGGUUGUCUUCAGUGUGAAGCCAAUCAAGAGCCAGGGCCUGGAACCACUUCACCAAUCACGGCACGGCUAUGGCACACACCUAUUUGCAUUGAUGACUGAAGGCAGAAAAAACACAGGGCACACACAGCACACAGCAGAUUUGGCAAAAAAAAUUACUAUAGUCAUAACAGGCUGUAUCAACCAGACCUUGAUUUGCUCUAUAAAUUUAGAUACCAUGAUGUAAAGUAGAAGAAAUAUUUAAAAUGCACUUUGCGCAGAACAAUGGUUAAUUACUGUAUGACUAACAAAAGUCAAACUCUCAUUGUCUCUCAUUUCCCUCCCAUCACUUCUAAACAAAAUACUAAACUGAAAACAUGAAAUGUCCAAGUUGAGUGUCAAGUAAAUUUCUGUCAAGUUGCAAAUCACAUAGAGAGUGACUCGAGUCCACUCUGUUGUGCACAGCUGGUUAUCUGAACAUGCAAAAAUAUAUAAUACGUCAACGAAACAAAGACAAAUACUUCAGUAUAAAUAGAGCUGCUUUAAAAAAAGAAUUCCCUAUAAUUAGUAUCAAAUUAUAUAGACCUCUUUCUAUCAGGGCACAAACAUAUUCUGCUUUUGGUCCACCACAAUAUCAAACAAAGAACAAAAAUGACGUGUUUAGCUUCUCAUAUUAGCCCAAAUCAGUGUCUAAAACCUCAUGUAACUACAAAAACAACAUUCCCUAGAAAGCCUCCCUUGAGUCCUAUGACUCAGGUCAAAGCUGUGGACGGUAUGGAUGAAAGGGAAGAAGUGAAACAGAGAUGAACAGUGACUCUGCAAGAAGCCGUGAUUGACUCAACCUGGUGCAAGCAUAGUGAGGGCCGCUCCGGAAACUGGACAGAAAUAGCCGCGGUGCUGUGAGUCCUGAAUAAGUGCGGGAGGGUGAAAGGGUCAGCUGUCACUAGGGCAGGAAUGAAACAGAGAGAGGGAGCGACUGAGAGUGGCAGACGCACCACCGCUAGACGGGAAACCAGAACUGAACCCAUGAGAGAAAAUAAGGAGACAGGCAGGUCAGAAGAAGGAGGGAACUGUUUGUUUUCUAGGACAAGAGGAGGUCAAUUGCAGAUUUCAGAGGCAUCAAAAGCAAGGAGAAACUGUCUGUCUCAGUCAAAGCUAUAUCUGCUCUCUUUCUGUCAAAGGCAGCACCUCAGGAUCCCACAAACGGACUCUUAAAAACGGCACAACAUCAGUCAUCUGAGACUGGGAAAAGAGCCAAACUAAGCAAGAUGGCUGAAGACUCCCAACAGAGGGAAGAGGGCCUCAUUCUGCCUCCUUCAACAAGAAAUCAGCCAGGGUCAGAGGACAUCUCUGGGGCGCACUUCCAACAGGCAGUGCCAUCCCAACUCACCAGAGAAAAGUUAUACCAACAGCGGCAGAAAUGUGAGCUGAGGAGGCUUCUGAAGCACACUCACCCAGAGCUUAAGAUGCUGGAUGAUGUUGUGGAUGAGGAGCUUGCUGAGGUUUUGAGCUCAGAGACAGGGGCAACAACUGUUGAAACUGGAUACGAGGGAGAGGUUCUUUCAAGACGUUUGAUAUUUGAGAACUGUUCCUUGAGUGACAAAGUAUCUCCUUACAUUCCCAAGAGACACAUGGCAGAGGAAACAGUGGAAAGAGGUGAUAUCAGUAAAAUAUCAGCUGUAUUUGAGGAGCAUGAAGAGAGGUCAUUUAGUGAAAGUGUUAAAGAGUCAGUGGAGGAUGAAAAAACACUUGGUUGUAGUCCAGAUCAUAACACAGAGUGUGAGGAGAACAUGGUAAGAAUAGAUGUCCAGGCUACCAGAAGGCUAUUUGAGAGUCAGUCUGUAAACACGUCCCUUCUAAAUCCAGGUAUUAAGCCCCGGGGAAAAGCAUCUAUUUCUGGGGAUGAGCCUGGGGCAGUCCAAAAACGAGUACAGGAGCAUCCGCACUGCAAAAACAAAAGUAAUGCAUGUGCCAAAAGUCUUGAUUUGACGGAUCUGCCCCAGAAACUAGAGCCAUGUGCUGGUAUAUUUGGUCAAAGCACUAACCAUGACGUUCCUGAUAGAGAAGAGUUUUCUACUAGUGAAGGUUUUGAGGACGAGCCUACAAGCCUUUGUGAUCCAGAGAAAAAUGAGGAAAUAAUCAAAACAAGUCCGGCUCUUUUAAAAAACAAUCCAUUUAUCCAAACAAACAUAGAAAGAGAGCUUUCCUUUAUGCAUACGUCAGAAUCCCAAAGCCAAGUCAAAGACAGUGCAGCAGCUCAGGACUAUCCAGUAGCUAAUGUCAAGAACAGAGCGCAUUUGUUUGAAUCGAUGCCCUUUGACAAGAUUAGGCAUCAGAACAAGGAUGAGGUUGAGACAAUGGUGGAAAAUAUCAAGGACACAUUGAACUCCCUUCAUCAAGUUAAUGUCAUCCAUUCAGGCGGCUCAAUUAUUGAGGUAUAUGAGACGAUGAUAGCUAGAAAGGCAAAGUUCACACUAUUGGAGGGUGGGCCUGAGAUCAAAUAUGAUGAGGUGGCUGAAGGUGGUGCACAAAACUUCAUACUCCAGUUGCUGCCACGCACAAACCGAAAGCCUCAGAUCACUUACCUAAAGGAGGAUAGUAAAGGAAGAAUGGAGGUGACAGUUGUAAAUGUACCUGUGCACCACCAUCAGUUUUCUACCAACCAGGACACAGAGUUCAAUACUGCCAAUGUUGUUCAGGUUGUUGAGGAUAUUCUCAAUCAAGACAACUCUCUGAGAAAAGGCGUGAUAAUUCAGGAGGAUGUGAACAGAUGCGCUGAAAUCAUAGUUUACUCCCUUUACAAUUAUUUUGAUGACGAAGAUGUGAAAAGUUACCGUCCUCCAAAUGGUGCAGAGCAUGAAGAACCAGAGUCAGACAGAGGAAAUGUGAGUAAAACAGAUGAUAAUGGACAAAGAAAAGGCGCCGUCGAAUCAACCAUUAGCUGCCUUCUAGAUAGAUCAAAAGACCAAACCUGCCAAGGAUUAACACGGCCUGACAUCACAGUAACAGGGAAUGUAAAACUGUUUAGGAGUUGUAUUGAAAAGGGAGACUUGGAGUAUUUGAAAAGCCUUCAGGUUGAGCCAGAAGAGCUGGAACAAGAACUCCCCGUUAACCAAAUUGGGGCAAGACAAGGGAUGGAACUUCAUCCUGGGCAGAGAGAUGAUCAGGCUGAGGCUUCAGAUUGGGUCCCAGUGGAUGUAAAGAAACUGAAAAACAUGUUCUCUGGAGAUCAAAAACCAGUUGGACCAAAGCCAAAUGUUUGUAAAAGUCUUGCCCAAUCUACCACCAGUUCUUGCACAUUCACAGGCCAUAAUGAGCCACGUGGAAAGAGCGAGUCCUCUACAGAUUGCAAUGUUGAGUUAUUCUCCCAUGGGCAGCUGAAGAAUAGUGUUGAUGAGUGUGGUCCCCAAACACAAAAAGAAGCUUGCAAAUCUUCAGUUGAACCACAAGAAUCAUUUCUUGAGAUGCAAGAGGAUGGUACAAUCCAUCGGGCUGAAAUAAUUGAAGUGGUUGAUGGAAAUUAUGAGAUUGCUAACCUCCAAACUGCAAUACAUAGCCUCCAACAGGCCACAAUCGAGGCCAAAGCCUUGUCCCACUCAUCACAAGAAAAACAGAAAUCACUUGAUCAAGAAUCUUCAAAGGAACCGGUUGUCUCAGGUACAGACGGCAAUGUCAGACACUCAAAAACACAAGGUCAAACACCUCAAGAAAAUGCAAACAAAAAAGAAGACCUGUUCACGGCCUCGAACAUCACCUCAGAACAUAAAUCAGAUCAUGGAUUCAAGAGCACAGAGAUAUACGAUGAAGACACCAAUUCUGAAAAAGUACAAACUCAUGAAAUUUGCGGCAAAAUGUGUCAAAAAGGUGGCACAGAGGUGUUCCAGAAAGCUGCUACGGCAUCUGUUCAUAGCUCAGAGACAGCAGACACACAGCAGGAGGAUGAGGAAGUAGUUUUUGAGGGUAAACUUCAGGCAGCUUUGAAUUCCCUGGAGAGAUCCAACAUCAAUGUCAGUAGAGGAGAUUUCAGAGCAGCCAUGAUAUUCAGAAACUCUUCAAAACCUCACAAAGAAAUGCCACAAAAUGUAGUCAAAGCAUCUGUUCAAAAGUGCACUGCAGAGGAGUUUUGCCCCAUGGCUGAACAUGAAUCAACUCAAGCACCAAUAAGACAAGAGCUCUCCAACAAACAAGUGACUGCAGCGUCUGCAGAUCCCCCGAGCCAAAGUGGCAGCCAAAAUAAAGCAGCAGCAAGUGCCAGCUCAGUGAGAGGCGGAAGGUCUGUUUGCCCAAAACCAGCCAUUCCACCUAAACCUGAGCAUUUGAAAGUGAAACAAGGGGACAUUCAAUCAACCAAUGCAAGAAGUCAUGAGAUAACCCCGAAUAAUCCUCAGCCAUUGCCAAUGACAUCAUUGUCAAGUAAGGAUGAACAAAACCUGAUCAAAAUUAACAAUAAUGCAAACUCAGGGACUGAGUCAGUGGCUCUGCAAAGAAAUAUGCUUUCUGAUGAAGCUGUGCGUGAGUUUCAGGAAAAUGAAGUUCAUCAAGUUCAAGGUUCUCUAGUGACUUUGGAAAGCGAUGACACAGAUAAGAAUAUCAUUAAUCGGCAAAAGGAGAUAAAUGUCACAACAGACAAGAAAAGCAGCCAGAAAUCCUCAAUCAAAGAGAAUAUGAGUAAAUCAGAUGAAAGCCAUGUUGACUUUCACCAAGAAUGUAAGACAUUUGGGGGUAAGAAGGCAGUAAAAAAUGCGCCCGUAAAGCCAAAAAGAGUAAAAAUUGCCCAGCCGGACAACAAAUAUCCAAACCUCAUGUCUGGAGAUAGUAAUUCCUCAAGGCUGACACAUGUUGAGCAACCACAAGGCAUUCUAACUGGUCCAUCAUGCAGUAACACAAACACCUGCAGACAAACUGCCGACAGCAAAGACAGGCAUGAGAAAGAAACUAAACAAGAAGGCAAGGUUGAGAUGAGGGAAAAGAAAGGACGCACCGAGACGGAGGAUGAACGCCGACAGCGGCUGUCAGUUCACAUGGAUGAGAUCAUGAGAGGGAACAUAACAGCAGCCAUGGACAUUUUUGACAACCUGCGAAAGCAGGAGGAGCUGCAGAGCAUACUCAGUCGGGUUGAGGAAAUUGAACAGGACACGAGCGAGGUCGAUGUAAGGUCUCUGAGGACAGUGUUUGAGAACGUCCCCGACUGGGUUGUCAGCACAGACAAAAAGAAACACAAACAGGUCAAAGUGGAAAACAAAGAAGAGAGGACGCUGUUAAAAAGAGACAGCACUGAAAAUAAACCCUCAAUGGCACAUGUUUUUGGAGAUCUUGAGCGAGCCAGUGAGGAAAUAAUGAAUCUGAAAGAACAGACUUUAGCCAGACUCAUGGACAUAGAAGGAGCCAUAAAGAAGGCUCUUUAUUCUGUCUCUACUUUGAAAUCUGACUCAGACAUUGCUGGUUUAUCAUGCCUGUUCAAAGAGUCUUUAGGUACAGUGCAAGAAACCCAAUCCUCUGGUAAUAUUAGCAAAAUUAGUAUUGGCUCAAGCAAAAAGAAAUCACUGUUGACACAGGAAAGGCCUACAGUACAGAUAGACACAGCUCUGCCAGUUAGCCAGAGUGCAAGCAUAGAGGUAACCUCAGCAACACAGCGAGCAAGUCCUCCAUCUUCACCAGCCUUCAUCUCCAUCCAGUCAGCUGCUAGAAAGACAGAUAAAACAGAGCUGCUUCCAACCACAAUCUGCCCGACAUGUCAGCACAGCCCAAAGAGAGAUGAAAAAUUCCGGACAACAAAAACCCUGACAUGCAACAGUCCUGCUCAAAACAGAAAGGGGGAUCCCAGAAAAGGAGGUCAGAAACAAUCCUCUUACAGCCCACUUCACUCUAAACGAGAGCUCAGUGUCCUUGAGGUGCAGACUGACCCUGAGGGAAACAGUGUUAUGGGCAGCAAAACAGUCACAGAGAACUACGAGAGGAGUGACAACUUUGGAAACCGGGUUUUCUCUUCCAAAACCUCCACUGUUGUCACUACUCAGCCAGAAACAACAACAUCAAAUGGUCAAGCAGUGGUCAGUCCAGCUACAUAUCAGGUCACCAGUUACCCAGAAGUUCGGCUGCCGAUCAAUCAGAAACCUUAAUUCAUCCACACACAGACGCAGUAUAUUACCUAUUAGUUUGUUUUUUCAUAUUCUGAUUGAAAACAUUGUUUUGUACAUGAUUUUAUUUGAUAUUACUUAUGCAAAUUAUUGCUCUUUAAGAUUUUCUUAUUGAUGUUUAAGGAUUUCUUUAGCUUGUAUUUGACUUGAAUUUGAUAUUAAAUAAGCUUUAUUGGUAUUUAUUGUGUCUUUUUUGUUUACUUUAACCAAGUUCAGUCUCAUUUUCUUU